AUAUGAUAAAAAAUUGAACACAAAAUAGGCCUUACUUUGUGCAAAUUUCCAUGAUAACAAGAUGGAUAGUAUUACCAUAUGCUUGUUUCUCUUAAUGCUUAUGGCAUCAGUGAGUCCAUCAACUGCAGCUCCUUCUCAGAUUGUGACACAUGAUUUACUGCCAAGAUCAUCAGCGAGUCAGGUCAGCUGUACCUUUGAUUAUGGACUUUGUAACUGGAUAGAGGAUACAACAGACAAUUUCGACUGGAUACGAAAAAAAUUUGGAACAAGCACCAAGUACUGGGCCUCAGGCAGACCAUUCAGGGACUGGCUACUAUGUAUAUAUAGAAUCAUCUGCUCCAAGCAGGACAGGUGAUAAAGCACGCUUGAUUAGCCCAGAAAUAUCGCCAAAUCAACAAGGACGAAGUUGUUUCAACUUCUGGUAUAACAUGUAUGGUAGUGGUAUUGGAGUACUUAAUGUAUAUGUACAGUCUGGACCGUCAUUGCCAUCAUCUCCCAUCUGGUACAAAAAAGGUAACCAGAGCAAUCUAUGGCUGGAAGGUAGUAUCAACAUUACAGCGGAUAAACCAUUUUUGAUAAUACUGGAAGGACUACGAGGAAAUAGUUAUCAUGGUGAUAUAGCAGUAGAUGAUGUAGAACUUACGGAAGGAUCAUGUGGAAGUAGGCUUACAGGUGUACCCGCAACUUCUAUUAGUGUCUCCAAGAGUGCUGACAAAGCGAUUCUUGGGAAUAACACAUUUGCUUUCUCCUGCAAAUACAUUAUUCCAUUGCAAGCUCAACUGUAUGCAGUAGAGGUACAGAGAAAAAGGAAAGAUGAAUCAAAUUUCACAACUGUAGUGACAUUCCAAAAUCAGUUUAGUCAAUUUAAUGUAACUUAUCAAGACAUGUCAUUGGAAUCCAGGACUGAAGGAAUAAGACCAACAACAGAGAACAAUUCUACUGCUGGUCUCGUGUUCAGGAAUAUAGAAUGUUCUGAUAAGGCUGAAUAUAAAUGUAAGGUGUACUAUUCUGACGGAACGAACCAAAGUAUUGAGAAUACCACUGAAAUAGCUGUGAAAGCACAGACUAUGUUUUCACAAAAAGGUCGUAUUACAUACUUCCCAAACACAAAUUUAACAGAGGGCGAAGAAGUCGUCUUCACCUGUGAGGGAGAUGUAGGCAGUGAGCCAGUAGGGGAUAUUGCUUGGUUUUAUUACCUUAAUAACGAUACCACAAAUGCUGUCGAUGUAACAUCUGAUGCGUCGUCAACAGUUUCAGUAUACAAGGAAAAUAUGUGCUCUUAUACACGUACCUCUGUGUUACGAUUAAACAUGACAGAGGACCUCAAUAAUGUUACAGUGAGGUGCACAGCACAACAGAACGUUUUCAGCCAGACUGGUGAUGGCUAUGUUCAAACUAAUACGAUUCCUGUUCAAUUGUUUUAUUCACCUAAGAUCGACCUCAUGGCAAAUGAAACACAUACAGAAGGACCUGGAGCUUUGACCCUUCGCUGUACUGCAGACUCUUAUCCCGCACCUGACUAUGUUUGGCUACUACCGGAUGGAUCAGGGAGUCUGGGAUCUUAUUUGGAACUCAGGAAUCUUACCGUAGGAAACUCGGGAUUAUACAUGUGUAUUGCACACAAUUUUUUCAAAGGUGAAAAUCAUACAACAAACACAACAACUUAUGUACGCGUUGAAAAAGCUCCAACACCGGUAACAGAGGUCAUCACUACCACACCUUCUUUGAUUCAAACAACAUCUACUAAAGAUUAUUACACUCUGAAGGAAGCUAUACAUGUGGUAUGCACUAACUAUCACUGGAAUAUUACGGUGGAAAUGGACAAAAUACGGAACACCUACCCAACAGCAAGGGCAUCUGAUAUAUACCUUGGAGAGAAUAAAUGUAAAGGUGUGCAAAAUGGUGACCUUCUAAUAUUUCAACAUGACCUUUCCGAAUGCUUAACAAGUGAACUGCUUGUCAACGGAAUUGAAGUGUAUAACAACGAAUUGAUUUAUGCGGAACACGAUCCUGUAUACCUGUUUAUAGUGCUUCACUAUAACUGGACAGUUGGAGUAGAAUGUGACAUAAGACAGAACGGAACUGCUAUAGGUGGAUUUCCCAGUAAUGCGACCAGCGCAAUAGCUUAUAAUGUCAGUAGUCCCCAAUACCCCGUCAGCGUGUCAUUUUACAAAGAUCAGGAUUUCAUCCACGAAAUUGGUAAAGGAAACCCUUUGCAUGCUGAGAUAGGCUCGCACGUCUACGCCAAGGUGUUUACAACAGCCACUGACUGGAACAUCAGGAUGCGAGUACACACGUGUUACACAAAACCGACUGAGCAUGCGCAUGACCAUAUGAAGUAUUUUCUGAUAAAGAAUGGGUGUGAGGUAAACACGAACACGCAUAUAAUUUCCCAAUCUACGCAUGAGACAAGAUUUGUGUUUGAUAGUUUCGAGUACUCAAACAGCCAUGAAGAGAUAUAUGUGUUUUGUGAUGCCCUAUUCUGUAACUCCUCCGACUGGUCUGCCCAGUGUCGUCAAACGUGCAACCCAGUAACAUAAGGGAAUCUUGCAAACUGACAAGCAGAAAAAAAAUUAAUGAUUACGAACACAUUUCAUAAUGUAAUCGAUUCUAGUUUACUCGUUAUUUACGGAUUUUAAGUAGUUAUUUCAAUGUAGAAUGUCUAAACAUGAUUAUUUGGUAAUUAAAUAUACCCCCACAAACGAAGUGAGCUUGUCGGUCAGAUGGUCGGUCUGUCUGUCAGUCCGUUUGUUUUCAUGGUUUCCGGACAAUAUAUUAUAAAAGGUUUGACAGAUUUAAAUGAUUUUGGUACACAGGUGUAAAAUCCUAAAAUACAGGUCAAUUUCGACUUUGUCUACAAACCACCAUUUUCUGAUGUAGUAACGGCCCCUUUCCAACUUAAAAAAUGCCAAACUCAUGGUUUUAGGACAAUAAGUGAUGAAAGGCAUGACAGAUUUAAAUGAUUUUUGGUACACAGUUGUAACAUCAUAAAAUACAGGUCAAGUUCGACUUUGGCUACAAACCACCAAUUUUUUGACGUAGUUAUGGCCUCUUUCCAACUAAAAAUUUGCCAUACUUCUGUGGCAAAGCUGUAUUGUAUUGUGGGGGGUAUUAUUCGUCACUCCUGUGACAGUUCUAGUUUAAAAAUCUCUUUUAUUCAUUUGGAAUGUUUUUUUUUUCGUAAAAGCCAUUCAGCAUGUUCAGGAAAUGAAUUUAGGAGAAAAGACAUGUGCAUGUAUUGGAGCGGAAAUAUAGAUAAGAUACCUCGGGAAUGUUUGAAUUGCGGUUUUGAUUUUCAUUUCUAAUGAAUCAUAUGAUGUUAUGGAGGAUUUAUUUUUUCAUUUUCCAACAUUCAUUUAACAAGUCCGAUUAUUUGCAGAAAUCCUAAAAUAAUCUAGCAUUGUCUAGAAGUGGCAAGAAAAGAAGAAGAUAUUAAUGUUCUUUUAUGUUCUACUUUUGGCUGGAUUCUAUCUAAAAUCUUUAAAAACAUGACAGGUUGAUUAUUAUUGUAUGUUAUCUCUCAUUGUUUCUUCUUUCUUUUAUCGUUGGACGUUCGACAGUUGAUUAGCGAUGCAGACACAACGGUGUUUGACAGUCACUG